AUGGAAUCUGCUGCUAUUGUCGCCAUUGCAUUAAGUAAUGGUGGUGGACAACCCCCGGAUUGGGAAGAUUUCGUUGGAAUUAUUUUACUUUUACUUGCUAAUUCAAUUAUUGGUUUUUAUGAACAACGAAAUGCCGGAAAUGCUGUGAAAGAACUGAUGAAAACGUUAGCUCCAACAGCAAAAGUUGUAUGUUUUAAUGUUUUACAAUUUACAAAGUCUGGGUUGCGUCAAAAACAUUCAUUUUUGAUGCUUUACAGACUGAGAGUGCAGCAUGAGAAUGAGUUUCCAAAAAAAAUUCACUCGGGGCCUGGAUUUUUCUGGGAUAUUUCGCUAGUAUCGCACAUAUCCUACUAA